AUGGGAAGAAGUGAGGUUCUUCGGAUCAGAGACUUGUUCAUAGACUUUAAUCUUCCAGGCAAUGACUUCCUUGGACCUUAUGAAAUUGUAGACUUCAUUCUCCUGGAUCUCUACAGAGAUGUGAGUGUUAUCUCUCCAAGUUCAGGGAUAAGUAAAGGUGCACUGACUGGAAUAGUCUUAGGUGCAAUUGCUUUUUUGGUUACUUUAUCUGCAAUUGUCAUGAUUCUCAUAUGGAGAAUACGCUUGAGAUAUAAUCAUACACCUUCCAAACGACCAAAAGCUAUGAACCUGGGAACAGAUAAGGCUAAGAAGGUGCAAACACCCCUCCACUGCACUCUGCCCAUACAUGUUAGUUAUGCUGCCAAAUGUAAAAAAAAAAUUGAACCCGGUUCAGAUAUUCAUCCAAGAGCACUAUUGAUUUAG